ACACCCUUCACCUGCGUUAGUGUUGGUGUGCUUUCUUUCACUGUUGGUCCUGGGUGCGGAACUGGGGAAAAAUAUUAACCCUGUAUGCUAUUCAUAGAGUGCGCCCCCCAAAAAAGUAAAAAGAGCUGCUUAAAAUAAUAAUAAACACUACCAGCAAAGCGUGUACGUGCGAUUGCCUCUGCAAAUAAAGGUCUCAUACAAGAUAUUGCGUGAUUUAUCGAACACCAUCCGCUCGCGUAUCGUGUGUAGUGUGUCGUCGUCUGGAACGUAUAGAUAAACAAAUCAAUAAAAUGGCAAACGUAUGCGAGCCCCUAACGCUGGCGAAAGAUGUGAAACGCUCGAUCGAAUUGUUGGAAAAGUUGCAAAUGAGCGGCGAAGUGCCCGCUACCAAACUUGCGGCCCUGCAGAAGGUACUGCAGAGUGAUUUCCUGAACGCUGUACGGGAAGUGUACGAGCACGUUUAUGAAACGGUCGACAUCCAGGGUUCGCUCGAUGUGCGUGCGUCUGCAACGGCCAAGGCCACGAUUGCAGCAUUCGCUGCCAGCGAAGGACACGCCCAUCCGCGUGUCGUCGAGCUGCCCAAAACGGACGAAGGGCUCGGGUUCAAUGUGAUGGGUGGCAAGGAGCAAAAUUCUCCCAUCUACAUCUCGCGCAUCAUUCCCGGUGGUGUGGCCGAUCGGCACGGAGGAUUGAAGCGUGGCGAUCAGCUGCUCUCCGUGAACGGUGUGUCCGUCGAGGGCGAAAACCACGAAAAGGCCGUCGAGCUGCUGAAGCAAGCGGUCGGUUCGGUUAAGCUUGUCGUUCGCUACACGCCCAAGGUGCUGGAAGAGAUGGAACUACGCUUCGACAAGCAGCGUGCCGCUCGAAGGCGCCAACAGUAUUAAGUUCGCCAUAUGUGCAGUUCAUCCGAAGGAUCCGUGCAAUGCUCUGUACGUACGCAUAUAUAGUUAGCAGUACGUCUCCCAUUACACCGCUCCGGAACGUGUUGUGUGCGUGUUCAUGUUAUAUGUGUUAUUUGUGUUCGGAACUGAUUCUCAUAUUCUCCAUCCUAAUGUUCAUUGUAAGCGACACGGUUAAUUGAUAGAGAGUCUUGUAUAUCUGGUACAUCCGUUAUGGACAUUUCCACAUCGGCAGAUGCUUGUUUAGACAAAGUGUAUGUGUGCAUUUUAAUUUGUCUCUAAACGCCGUACCCACUGGUACCCGUUAGCGUGUAAUGGGUACCACCUAUAGUUACAUCUGCAUCGUAUUAUUCAUCCCCGUCUUUAUCGUCGAUGUUGGAAUACACUGAAGACAAAACACGGGUUCGUCUUCCCCGAUCGUAGGCGGGACGAAUGUGCAGACGAAUCGAGUGCGCUAGCCUUAUUCCACCCCGUUGACGAAUUGCAUGAUUGUUAGAGCAUAAAACAAAAAAACCAGAGAUUAGAAACAGUUCACAUUACUAUAAUAAUUGCACACCGUUUUUUCUAGCAUGUUACUUUCUGUUUUCAUGAUGUAGAGAAGAUGAUGUUUUUUUUUUAAAGUGUAUCGGUAGGAAUGUAAUAAAGUAACUUCAGUUUACCUGAUA